GGAUGGCUUCUUUUGUGGGCAAAAGCAGACAGCAAACAUAUCGCUGGUUCAUCAAUCAAUAAUCAUUGAACAAAUGAACGACCGACUGCGGAAAAGUAAGAACUCGAAGGGGUAUUUGUUGUGCAGCAAGUAAACAGAAACGGAAAGUAUUGGCAGGGAAAGUUGUCUCUAAUCUCUAAGAAAUUGUAAACAACAAAUGUUCACACUGGGGUUUAAAGUUCCCAUAAGCAAAAGGACACACUAGUUGGUGUCAGAAUAAUAGGAUGAAUCUUGUUAAAUGUGAAAAUGUUGCAUAAAGUUCCAUGAUUUAGUCAGAAUUUCUUAAUGCCUCAAUUAAGCCUUCCAAAAAUAGUUCUCCCUCUUCAAUGCCAACAAAAUUAAGUUCUUUGUGUGGGUUUUUGCACAUAGAAAUAUUGAAAUUAUACAAUAGAAAUCAAUCAACAUUUCUAUGCAAGAAAUUUGCAUGCCAAAUGACGUGCACAAUGCGACAAAAAUGUACAGAAAAUGCAGCCGAAUUCGCUGGCGAUGUGAUUUAUGGACAGCAAGCCAAGACAGCGCCAAGACAAGAUCGACAGACAGACAGACGGAGAGACAGCCAACAGGUCACAUUAAAGGAGGCGUGAAAGAGAUGGUCGAUGGUGCGGCGGGGGGCACAGCAAACAAGUCAAAUGUCAGAGGUGCGACCCACGAGAGACACAGUCAAAUAAUUGAGCAAUUAAUUAAACAGCGAGGAGGAGCAGCAAAAGCAGAAACACAAAUUAUAGAAGCAGCGGAAGAGAGAGAGAGAUGGAGAUGGAGAUGGAGAGGAGUAGGAAAACGGAGAGCUAGAUCUGACCAGGGGUUAAGCGGCUACUCUUUCGGGUUGGUAUAAAAGGCCGCAAAUCAUUGACGGGCAGCAUCAUUAACCCAACAACUGAAAAGCACUCAAGAUGCGUCUGUUUGUGACCCUUUGCACUCUGCUGGCCAUCGGCCAGGCCAAGCCCCAGCAGGGCUACAACUAUGGCAGCGGCCUCUCUGGCACUCUGACGACCCACAGCCAGGGCAGCCAUGGAGGCUCGGGCUUCCUCAGUGCGCCCAGCAACACCCAGAGCGCUGUGGCCUCCUAUGGGCCGCUGGGCGCCUUCCAGAGCGCCAGCGUUGGCUCGCUUGUGGGCAGCGUUGCGCCCCAGGUUGGCUACAGCAGCGGCGGCGGCAGCAACUACGGCAGUGGCUUCGGCGGCUCCUCCUCCUCGAACUUUGGCUGCGGCCGCAGCGCAGGCGUCUCCAACUUUGGCGGCUCCACUGGCGGCUUCACUGGCUUCGGGCCCAGCCCGAACAUUGGCUUUGGCGCCCUCUCGGGCUACCAGGCACCCAGCUACCAGCAGCAGCAGGAGCAGGAGGUGCAGCGCGGCUUCCAGGAGCCCAUCAUUCACAAGCAAUUCUUCACCGUCGCCGCACCCGAGGAGCACGAGAAUCUGGAGCGUGCCAAGCAUCUGGUGAUCGGUCGCCCGCAGAAGAACUACCGCGUGGUGUUCAUCAAGGCGCCGUCCUCGAGCAACGCCAACUUGAAGCUGUCGGCCGAGUAUGCGCCCAAGGAGGAGAAGACCGUCAUCUAUGUGCUGUCCAAGAAGGACAAUCAGCUGGAGGUCAACGACAUUGCCACGCCAGCGCCCACAGUGCCCAGCAAGCCGGAGGUCUUCUUCAUCAAGUACAAGACCGAGGCGGAGGCAUCCCAUGCCCAGCAGCAGAUUCAGGCUGAAUACGACAGGAUCGAGGGCACUUCGGAGCACAGCGAUGGUGGCGUGGCGCCUGCCCAGUCCGUGGUCGGCAUUCUGGAUGGCGGCGCCCUUGGCUCGGCCAGCAGUGGCAGCGCUCAGUACACUGGCGGCAGCUCUGCUGGCUACACCUCCUCCGCUGGUGGCGGCUCGACUGGGGGCUACACUUCCUCCGCUGGCGGCAGCUCUGGCGGCGUUCACAAGAAUGCCCAAAGUGCCACCUAUCUGCCGCCCAAUGGCAAAUAGAAAUGGCAAAAUCCAUGAGCCAAUAGCAUGAAUAACUCUUUUUUU